UCCCUGUUAAGUCCCACCCACGCCCGCAAUUCCUGGAGGAUCUGAGGUUGCUGUCGUGGAAAAACUGUAACUUUAGGUGGAUCAUGGCUCUAAGAGCAUGUGGCUUGAUCAUUUUCCGAAGACAUCGCGUUCCCAAAGUGAGCAACGAUAGUAUUCAGUUUCUCUUGCUGCAGACAUCAUAUGGAAAGCAUCACUGGACUCCUCCUAAAGGUUAUGUGGAUCCAGGGGAGAAUGACAUCGAGGCAGCCAUUAGAGAGACCCAGGAGGAAUCUGGCCUGGACAUCACCCAGCUGAUCAUUGUUGAAGGAUUCAAGAGUGAACUGAACUACCUAGUCAAUAAGAAGCACAAAACUGUUGUCUACUGGCUGGCUGAGGUGAAGGACUACAACGUGGAAAUUCAUCUGUCCAAAGAGCACCAGGCCUACCGCUGGCUAGACCUAGAGGAGGCCUGCAAAAUGGGAGAGUAUAAGAAUUUAGAGGCAGCCCUCAGAGAAGCACACAAGUUUCUUUGCUCCACACCUUGACCCCAGGAAAGGGAAGGUCUUUUAGAAUACCCAAGAUUUGGUAUAUUUAGGUUCUCCUGUGUCUCUUCAGAAAACAACCCUCCCUGAUUAGAUUAUUCAGGCUUUUCAAUUUAUGCUGCUAUAGAGGGCAGCUGAGGUCAUUAGAGCUGACAUGAUGGUGUUGAAAUGAAAGAGAGUAUAGAAAUAAAAAAGCCAAAUCUCUGCACUUGUGCUUGAGGAAUAAACUAUCAGAAAGUUGAUCAUCA